AUGGACAAUGACCCUACUCUCCAGGUGUCAUCAAGGUUCUUGGCCGAUUUUUCUGCUGAGCUAGCUAUCCGACUCCCUCCAUCAUUCGAUCAAAUCGCCCACCUUUACUUCAGAACCAACUUUCGGCAGUUCGAGAUCCUCCAGUCGCAGAUGAACUCUGGUCAUGACACUACAAGUUCGCAGUGGGAAGGUGCUGGUGGCACUGAUAGGUCGGACACAGCCUCACCCAGCGAACAGAAGGGGACUGAUGUGAUGAAAAACUCCAUUGCAGGACAACGACUCAGCAAAAAGCGGAGGCAUAUCAUGCAGGACGGCCGGUUUGCGAUGGAUUUGUUUGGCGACGACAGGAAUGAUGCCAUUGUAGAACAGUACUCGCAAGAAGUCCUCGAUCACCCUGGAUCACAGGAAUCUGAGGAACUUAGCAGCAAGAUGGGGCAUUACCUCGAUCUCUGUCAAAAGCUGGAGGAGAUUGGCUUUGCUUCUCGAAUGACCCAUGUAGUCACGGGGAUGUUGUACGAGGAGGUCUCAGGAAAGAUCUUCAAUUCGUUCAAGAAGAAUUGGACCGUCGCGACGCUUGCACUUGGCAAAAAGUGGAUGGAGGACAUCAUUCUUCGUUUCCUUUACUUUACGCUUCUCCCCAAGAAGGACCAAGAGGACUUGACUGCGAGCAAGCGGUUCAAAAUGUGGGCAAGUCGACUCGAGUUUUAUUUUUUUAAGACUUUUGGCGAUCUCCGGAUCAGCGAGUUCUUCGACAUCAUCGUUGAGUGCCCAGAGUCAACGCCGGCGGUGAAUGACCUGAAGACUUGUAUAGAAUGGACGGGACAGCGCGAGCAGCUUCAAGUCUCCAUCCUUGCUGCUAUGGACAGGAGAUUGCUGCAUCCAGGAGCUGAGACUAAGAACAUCAUCGAGUUCUACAUUUACGCCAUUAAAUACCUCCGAAUCAUGGACCCUUUGGGUGUCAUGUUGGAUCGCACUGCGCGCCAGAUCAACAAAUACCUCAGAACGAGAGACGAUACCAUGCGAGCUAUCGUGGCAUGUAUUGUUGACGACUCGAGCGACCUUUUAACCAAUUCGAAUGAAGGCAUCCCAGGAGCCCUUGAGGCUGACGAAGAAGGAUCGGAUGACGAGAACUGGGCUCCAGAGCCAGUUCAUGCAGGUCCAGAUCUGAGUUCAGCAAGGAGAAAAAUGGCGGAUAUCAUUAGUGUGCUAGCAAGCAUCUACGACACGAAUGACAGGUUCAUUGAAGAGUUCCAAGCCAUUCUCGCCGAUCGGCUGUUGCAAGCUACCGACUUUAAUGUGGAUCGCGAAAUUCGUCAACUGGAGUUGCUGAAGCUGAGAUUCGGAGACACGGAUCUGCACCAUUGCGAGGUCAUGUUGGCAGAUAUUGCUGAAUCGAAGCGCGUCAACGCCAACAUUCAAUCUCUUCAUCCGGAGAUGGCGGUGAGCACAACGAUCGCUUCGAGAUACUACUGGCCCGAGAUCGAGGAGGAAGAAGAGGAAGAGUUUGAGCUCCCGACACCCCUACAAGAAAUGCUCAAUUCUUACAACGCGGCGUUCGAGGUCACCAAGCCAGCACAGAAACUCAAGAUCUUUCCAUCUCUGGGAAUGGUGGACUUGGAACUGGAAGUGAAUGGUCGAUCCUUUUCAAUGCAGGUGCAACCCAUCUAUGCCACCAUCAUAUAUCUCUUUGAGGACCAAGACACGUGGACAUUGCCAGAUAUGGCGACCAAGACAGGUGUCCGAGAAGAGACCCUAGAAUCAAAAGUCCAGUUUUGGGUGCGCGAGGGGGUUUUGCGAGAAACCAGUCGGCAUCAAUACGAGCUCAACGAAGAGGGGCAUGGUAUGGAUGAAACCAAUGACUGA